GCGAGGCAAAACGGCUGAUCACAUGAGCCCAGAUCUGUUUACAAACCAAAGCAGAGCGGAGCGAGGGGCGGACGGGAAACGGGGCAGAUUGCAGGUUCUCUCUCGCCGAGCGCUAGAAUGGACUGAGGGAGAGGACGAGGGGGGAAACGCGCGCCACGACGAAGCCAGCUGGAGUUGGGAGACGCUGAAUGCGACUCGCGCACACACGCUCGUGCGCGCACGCAGCCUUUGUCUCUGUUUUUUUUUUCUCAAUUGAAGGAGCAGAUGGUUAGAGGGAGAGUAGGAUCCCCCCCUACGCACACAAACGCACGCACGCACGCGCGCGCGCGCACGGACCCACGCACUCUCGCCACCAAAACACCGAACCCGCCCGGAGGACCGUUAACGACUGCAUGGAGCUGUCCUCACUUUGUCUGGGCUUUGAUGGACGCACAUCUUUGCCGUCUGCGCUGAGGAGGAAGAGCCCCCAGAUCCGAGGACCGGAGGAGGAGACGGCGGACAAGAGGAGAGGGGGAUGAGAGCCGUGAAAAUCCUCUGUUAGAAGAAGCAGCUCGUGGGGGGAGACAAAGCACGGAGCGCAGCCACGUAAUCGCCGUGAGUGGACGAGGGCUGUCACCGUGAAGGUGGACGGAGGGACGGUCCUGCGGCUCCACGCCGAGGCCCUCACCUGCUCACAGCUGAUGACAUCAUUCUCAGUGGGAUCCAGGAACACGUGAAGCCUCCAGUUCUGGUCCAGACUCCAGACGCAAAUCUCCCAGUGUUUACACGGAGCGGUUAAUCCAGACUUGGAAACGCUGGGCCCACGAAACGGCACCUCCCGAGGAUUUGUGGAAUCUGAACUAAGCUGAGAAUUCUUGAUGGUUGUUUUCUGGAGGAGCUACCGCAGCACGACCGAGGAGCGAUCCGGCUCAGGGUGACCGAGUCCAGGCCCGGGUCCGGUCUCCUCCUGACAGGGCCCGAAUCCACUGCUGCCGCCCGGGAGUCAAGUUUCAUGCCCCCGGUCCAAUGGUGUAACGGAUGCCCGUGUGCUUCGGCCCCUGAACACCUCGGCAGCAUGACGUCCGACAUCUACCACCUCCCGCUCAACGUCUACGUCAUCGUGCUGGGCAUCGGCCUCUUCGUCUUCAUGCUCAGCCUCAUCUUCUGCUGCUACCUCUUCAGGUUGAAACAACAAGGAACGAGGGAACAAUUCAGCUACAACGAGGUGGUGCUGAAGGGGGCGAGCAAGAAGCUGAGUCUUCUUGGACAAACCUGUGCAGUGUGCCUGGAAGAGUUCAGGACCAGGGAUGAGCUGGGGGUGUGUCCCUGCUCACAUGCAUUUCACAAGAAGUGCCUGCUCAAGUGGCUGGAGAUCCGCAGCGUGUGCCCCAUGUGCAACAAGCCCAUCCUCCGCCUGCACACAGACGCUCCCCAGGGCGCCGAGGGUCCCAUGGACCCGGAGGAGGUGUGAGGGGGGCGGGGAACGCCAGGUCACGCCCCCCUUCCAGAGAACACACGCAUCGAAGCCACCAGACGACGGGCAGCGGCCAUCUUCAAGUCAUCUCGCAGGAAACGCCGAUAGCGAUCCCCGGCGGCCGCCCUGCCGCAGACCUUUGAGCAAUACGCCGCGCUGGGAAUUGGGUAUUGAUAACGCCGAGGUGAUUUGGUCAGAUCAGCGGGGGACGGAGCGGAUGAAUUCGGGUUGUUUCACGAGAUCGCUCCGUGCUCUGCUUCCAUAUUGCACUGUUCACCAGGAACAUUUCAGGAAAAAAGGAGCCAUCUUGGAGAACAGAGCCGAGCACCAUCGCCACCAUCACUGGAUGACUUGCGCAGCGCUGCCACAGUCCAACGACACCAAGGCGUUCAGCGGGUCAGACUGCAGGAUCGGUAUGGAUACCUCUAAUAUCUCAGGGGUGUUACCAAUACAGCCAGCACAAACCACGUCAGCCCCACACGCAUCUCCAGUGCUGCCACCAUGAAACGCUCCAGCAGCUGCCACAACGUCCAGCUGAACCAAGACCAGCCGGAUUACAACCACCAUCUAGGUAGACGAUGUUACUGAUUGUGUCCCAGGCCCCUCCCUUCCUCCCUUCCUCCCUUCCUUCCACCGUCAGACCGAUAGAAACCUAGUCUUGCCUGUGUGUAGCGUAUGUAAACGUGUCCCUAUAUACAUUGUUAUUUUGUAUUUGUUGCUUUUAAAUAAAACAUCACUUAAUGUA